AUGAAUAGUCAGUCGAUGGAGUAUGAUAGAAGUGAAUAUUUUCAAUGUGCUUAUAAUAAUGCUGAUUCACUUCAUAUUGAUAAAGAUGGAAGGAGAAUGAUUUUAGAUAUUUUUGGUAAUCUUCUCUAUAUUAAAGAUGCUCAAAUUGAAAGUAGCUAUGAUCUUUUGAAUUUAAUUGAUAAAGGUGAUGGAUUUACAAAUGAAGGAAAUGUUGUUGAGGUUGUCAGUUCUUGUACAAAAGGCGAUAAAUUGGCUGUAUCAUGGACAGUUUUUAACAUGGAUUAUAUUCCUCUUUAUUCAAUAUUAACGUUAUUUGAUAUUGUUGAUGAUAUUGGAAUAGUUGUAUGUGUAGGGCAAAAGAUUAUGGAUAGUAUUGUAAAUUGUACUAACAUUGCUUCAUUUAAUGGAAAAGACUAUGCAGUUUUCCAACUUCAUGAUACAAUUCCUCAAGUAUUUGAAAUUGGAACAAAUACAUUUGAAAGUACUUCUGAUCCUACAACCAUUUCACAUAUUUUCCGUGACUAUCCAACUAAUUCAACAUAUGUUAGAACAGUUUUUUAUUCUGAUGAUAAUUACGAUUUUUGUAUUGCUUUUAACGAUACAGGGAAGUUGUAUAUAACUGUUGCAUCAAAAGAAAAGUUUUUGACUAGAAGAAUUAAAUGCUUUAAUAGAGUACUUAGUUUUAUUAAAUUUUUCAAAGAAAAAGGAGAUUCUUCAAUCUAUAAACUAAUAACAACAGAAGGCGAUGGACCAGUAUAUCAUUAUAAUAUUGAAAUUAAUGAUGGUGAUUUUAUAGAGACAAUGAAUUUUCAAGAUAAUACUUGGGAUGAUUAUGAUCUUGUGACAAAUAUAGAUUUUAAUUCUGAUAUGUCUGAAUAUAGUAUAAGUACAUAUGGUGGUGGUGUUUUCGUUUAUAAAUACUUUUGGGAUCACUCUACACUCCAUCAUAUAUUUCGUGUUGAUUGUCCAAUUACAACAAUAAAGUAUAUUGAUGAUUCUUCAUAUGCAAUUUUGUCUAAUAGUGGGUUGCAUAUCUAUAGAAGAAUAUCAUAA